AUGCCGCCCAAGUUUGUUCCACGCCUGCGAAAGCAGAAGCACCGGCAACAAGAGCCUGAUCAGUUGGUGGACACCAAUGUCGCGGAGCUAGCGCCCGUCUCCAAAGAUGAGAAGGAAGCAAAGAGGGAGAAAUUACGUGCUGAACUACGAGAGCAACAUACCAAUGUGUCUUCGAAGAAGCAAAAGCGCUUGGAUAAGUACAUUGAAAAUAAAUUGAAGAAAGAAGAGAACCUCGAACUCAUCAAGAAACUCGCCAAAGCGAAUGCGAAUGCGAAUACUUCUGGCCUUCAAAGCUCAAGGGAAUUGGGGCAGCGCAAGCGACCGGAACGAGACAACAUCCCAGUGGUCAAGGUUGAUAAAGCUGGCAAGGCUGGCAAAGCUAGCAAGGCUGGCAAAGCGCAAGCGCAAGAUUUCUCUGGAUAUGAUUCCGACGACUCCGAUGCCGAUCUCAAGGCCUCCGAUCCUGCGACAGAUCCGGUGAAUGCGCCAAAGCCUCAACAACCCCUAGCCCCUACCGGAAGUGGAUUGAAGCGUCCUCUCGAUCUUGGACCUGAUGGAUUCCCAAUCAUCAAGAAACGGAAGCGCUCUGCCAAAUCUGCUCCUGCACCUGCACCUGAACCAGUGAAAGAGGUCGAAUGGGAAGGAUUUGGCUCUGAUGAUGAGGAGGAUUCUGAGAUGGACGAGGAUGAUGACGAAGACGAGUCCUCUGAGGGUUCGGACGACGAGGAUGAUGACGAAGAUGAAGACGAUGAUGAGGAUGAGGAUGAAUCACCUGAGAAGAAGAUUCGGCCUCGGGAAUCCGCCUUCAAGUCAUGGGCUAUACAACAGAUCAAUGAGGCCGUUGGCUUUAAGCCAACUGACGGCCCAAUUAUCCACGAUCAAGCGCAACAGGCAUUUGCUCCCCCCAGAAAAGAGCCACGGAAUACUGUCGAUGACGAGGAUCCUCUUCCAGCAGAGCUUGCAAUGACCUAUAACAAUCCUGACCGAAAGGCCUUCAGCGUCGCUGUGGAACGUUCAGAAGAGAUUCAAACUGCACGUAUGGGUCUGCCGGUGGUCGGUGAAGAGCAGAAGAUCAUGGAGGCAAUCCACAACAACUCAACCAUUGUCAUCUGGGGUGCUACUGGUUCCGGAAAAACAACCCAGCUUCCCCAAUUCCUCUUUGAAUCCGGCUUCGGUAAUCCAGAUAGUCCCAACCCAGGUCUAAUUGGUGUAACUCAGCCUCGCCGAGUCGCCGCCGUCAGUAUGGCGAAUCGUGUCGCCCAGGAACUUGGACAGUAUUCGGAUAAAGUUUCGUAUCAAAUUCGGUUCGAGACAACCGUAUCUAAAAACACGGCCAUCAAGUUCAUGACUGAUGGUAUUCUUCUCCGUGAGAUCGCGGAUGACUUUUCUCUUCGCAAAUACUCCGUGAUCAUCAUUGAUGAAGCGCACGAGCGGAGUGUGAACACUGAUAUCCUCAUCGGAAUGGUUAGCCGUAUUGUGGACUUGCGCAAGUCAAUGAGCGAGGAAGAUCCGACCAUCACACCGCUGAAGGUCGUCAUCAUGUCUGCCACUCUUCGAAUUUCGGAUUUCACUGAGAAUGCCAGCCUUUUCCGCCAAGGACCUCCUCCUCUGGUUCAGGCAGAAGGUCGGCAAUACCCUGUCACUGUGCACUUUGCCCGUCGUACACACCGUGAUUAUGUCGAGGAGGCUUUCCGUAAAGUCUCGCGAGGCCAUCGCAAACUCCCACCGGGUGGAAUGCUCGUUUUCUUGACUGGACAAAAUGAGAUUCGUCAACUGUCCAAGCGACUGAAGCAGGCCUUCAAACCUACCGAGCGAUUGGAUACCACACAAGCCAAGGUGCAGUUUACAGCUAACGAUGCACCCUUGGAGGCAGAAGACCUGGAACUUGGUGGUACCGAAAUGCACGACAAUGGUUAUGACGAUGACAGUGAUCUGGAGAUCACUGGGCUGGACGAUCCUGAGGAUGACGAGGGCUUCGACCUUGGUGAGGAUGCCAUGGAGUCAGGUACCAAGGUUCACGUCUUGCCCCUAUACUCGCAGCUUCCCACAAAAGAGCAGAUGAAGGUCUUUGAACCACCACCAGACGGUUCACGUCUCAUCAUUCUCGCAACUAACGUUGCUGAGACAUCUCUCACAAUCCCUGGUAUCAAGUAUGUUUUCGACUGUGGUCGAGCUAAGGACAAGCAAUUCGAUUUGUUCACCGGUGUUCAAAGCUUCCAGGUUGGCUGGAUCAGCAAAGCCAGUGCAAGCCAAAGAUCCGGUCGUGCCGGUCGAACAGGCCCCGGUCACUGCUAUCGUCUGUACUCUUCAGCCGUAUACGAAGCCGACUUCGCAGAAUACACAGCCCCCGAGAUUCUGCGCACUCCCAUCGAAGGAGUCGUUCUCCAGAUGAAGAGCAUGGGUCUACACAAUGUGAUCAACUUCCCAUUCCCCACACCACCAAGCCGCCAAGGCCUCAUCAAGGCAGAGAAGCUUCUCAGGAAUCUCGGUGCCCUCUCUCCAGACGGCCAAGUCACACAAAUCGGUCGCCGUCUCGCAACAUACCCUCUCUCCCCCCGAUUCGGCAAAAUGCUAUACAUCGGCCACCAACACGGCUGCAUGCCAUACGUCAUCGCCCUAGUAUCUGCCCUCGCAGUCGGUGACCUAUUCGUCUCCCAAAACGAAGUCGACCCUACAGCCUUCGACCCGAAGCCCAAGCCAAAGGAUGACGACAGCGACAGCGACGACGACAACAGACCAGUCUACACAAACCUAGACCGGAUAGAGGAUACAGAGCGCGAGCAGCGCGUAAAGAACUAUAACCGCGUUCAACGCCUACUCAGCAAACACGACGACACAUCCGACGCCCUUAAGUUCCUCUCGGCAAUCUGCGCCUACGCCUACGCCUCCGACGGCGAAGCCUUCAGCGAACAGAUGUUCCUCCGCGCAAAAGCCUUCAAAGAAGCGACCCAGCUCCGUCGCCAGCUGACCGACAUCGUGCGCGCAAACAACCCAGGCCUAGUCAACGCUUACGAAGCUCGUCUUCCCGAGCCGUCGGUUAAGCAAGUCAAGGCCCUGAAACAGAUCGUCACGGCCGGUUUCAUCGAUCAUGUCGCUAUCCGCGCUGAUCUCGCCCCAGUACCACCUGAGAACCCUCGUGCUCCCCGUCGUGCAAUCGAUGUCCCUUACCUAACACUCUUCCGGUCGAGGGAGGGUCCAAUGGAUGAUCUCGCCCAGCGCGCUGUCUUCAUUCACCCAUCUUCUAUCAUGUCGAAGCUUUCGCCUAAGGAGAUGCCGCAGUAUAUCAUCUACUCACAUCUCCAGCAGUCUUCCGCAAGUGUAGUCUCGGACCAAGCGCCUAAGAUCAGAAUGUUCCCGCUUGUCACUCCGAGUGGAUUGCAGCUUUCUGCGUUGGCACAUGAUACCCCGCUUAUUGAUUAUGGCAAGCCGAUUGGGAAGACGGAGACUUUGGAGGGUAUCCCGCAGCGUAGAGCUUGCUGGGUUAUUCCCUCGUUGGUUGGAGAUGCGGGUGGCACUGGGUGGCCUUUGCCGGCGAAGAAGGUUGUGCAGAAGAAAGACCCGAAGGAGGGAUGGGUUAUUGAAAAGUUUGUGGGUUGA